AUGGAAAUUGAGGUAGAUUGUACAAACACGCUGAAGAGCGAUAGUAUUUUGGAAAAUUUAGUAAGGUCAUCUACCGUAGCAGGAUCAAAUAAAGAAAAAAGUCUGGCCGGUUCAGUUUUGGCUAACAAUAAUAGUAAAAAAUCUACAAAGUGGGACAAGUUACUCUCGUUUCAGGAAGAGUGGAAAAUUAAGUUUAAGAACGGGGUAAAGAUAUUCUUUGAUAACAAUUCGUUAGCAUCGAAGAACAGAAAUCUAGUGCAACAAUUGAACAAGAAAGGUGCAUAUUUCCAAAAAAAGUUUCGUCUGCUAGGUGCUAACGUAGUUCCUUACCUUGAAGAAAAUGUAGAAGUUGUGAUAUCCGAGCGAUCUUCGAGCAAUAUAACUAACUUUCGUGCCCACAUGAAGGUAUGGGAUUAUAAUAAGCUUGAAAGAUUCUUCCAAAACUUGGAUACUGAUUUAACGCACCUGAUAGAAAAUAGUGAUGAGACGUUUGAUUUUAUUGAAUAUUUCGAAACUUCUCCUCACAUUUACAUGUUCGAUACACUUCAAAGAUACAGGCCCUUAAUAUGUAGGAAAUGGGAAGUCAGCUUUUUAAAUAAAUCAAAAGUACCUCCCUAUCCAACUUUAAAGCACGGAACUUAUGGCAGAUGUCCCUUUAUUGGUGAUAUGAGUGUCAAUGAAAAUGCUCCUGAAAGAAUAACAAAGAGGUAUAAUCGUGAUAAAUCAAAUGAAAACCUAGCGUUGAGAUUGAGGAAGAUAUUUUCAAAAUCAGCUAAGCCAGAUAUCAAUAGAAUUAAUUCACCUAAACUUAUAAUUAUUCCCAAUAAUCAUUUAAAUUCUAAGAUAUCUUUUAAUGACUUGGAUAAAAUGAUAUUGAAGAGGGCCAAUACGGUUGAGAUACAAUACAAAAGUUUUACAGAAGGUUUCGACAAUCCACUUGCACAGAAUAAUCAGAUAGAUGAAUCCUUAUCGAGCAUGGAUACUAUAGAUACCGAGGAAACGAUUCCAACAUUGGAUAUAUCCUACCAACCUCGUUCAGACCUGAAGAGCGUAGACGAAAGAGCAAGCCAGGACAACUCUGCUUUGGCUGAUGAGAAUCUUGCAAACAAUUCCAAAAUAUUUUUGGAAAAGGCUAAUAUAAAAAUGUGUGAAAAUUGUCAGAUUAGAUUUGAUAAGAUUCAUUUUAAUAGUCACGUCGCAUCUCAGACACAUCAAGAAUUUUCUAGCAAUGACAGUAAUUUUAUAGAAAUAGACAGUUUGAUAUCGAAAAUCAAGAAUAAAUGA